CAGAUUCACUCUUCAUCCGAGGUCGUCAUUUAAAACUCCGCUUCAAAAAAGCGUCGAACUAGAACGGCGCGUCAACACAUCCAAACAUCGCCAACGCGCUCUUUUCCACACACAUCCCCUGCACCUUAUCCUUAUUGUUAUCAAUAUCCGUUAUGUCGACUGAAGCUAGAUCACCCGCUAAAAAGGACGUGACCUCCUUGGCCAAAUCUCCCGAUAACAAGGGAAAAGGCAAGGCAAAGCCUUCCGCUGAGGACGUGUCUAUGGAGGACGAAGAGGGAGACGAGGAUGAAGACGAGGAUGACGAUGAGGAAGACAUGCAUGAGGACGAGGGAGAUGAAGAAGAUGAGGAAGAAGAUCAUGAAAUCGAUCCUAAAGCAAUCCUUCCCCGCCGCACCCGGGGCCUACGCGUCGAUUACUCAUCCGAGGAAGCCCACAAAAAGGCCGACCUCAAAAAGGAUGACCAUGACGAAGACGACGAAGACAUGGAACAUUGAGCGUGUCAUGUAAAUUACAUUAAUAUCGUUAUCGCUUUGCUCUGUUAUUGGUCAAUCAUUCACUAGGGGGAGCGGGGGUUAUAAUCGAGGUACUUAUACUUUCGCAUUGUUUCAUGUUGAAAAUUACAAGAGCAAUUUUAUAUUCUGACUUGGCACUUAUUCCGCAUGUCCGAAUACAUUCGACAUUUUAAGUGUCCUCGCACGUCGCACCCUUGGCUUUUACUUUUCACGGUGCCACGUAGCAUAUAUCCCCAUACAAUCGGCACCCACCUG